AAUACAGUCGUUAUGCGGUCGCCAUCUCUAUUUUCACCAGUAUUAAUCUUUGAGAUAAUAAAAGUCUAAGCAGCAAAGAUAUGAAAAGCAAAAUGGGUCUUUUUAAACAUUUUCAACAACCAAUUAAGUGAACAAAGCUCAAUUAGCUGAUUUUCGAAAAGAAAUACGCAACAAUAUUAGUUAAAGAGAACCUUUUGUACCACAAUAGGAAAAUAAGCCAAUCUCACUAACAAACUGGAAGAAGCAUGAAAGAAAAAAUACGUAAUUUUUGAAAUUAAUUAUAGAGAUGGCAAUGUGGCUAAAUAUAUGGCAAGAUCUUCUCCUAAGAAAAGUUUACCUGGUGGAUUAAAUGUAGAAGAGAUCUUGUAAGUAUAUAUUUUAUUCUUAGCAACAGCCAAAAGAAAUUUAUAGAUAAGAAUCAGUCACAAAAUACUUUUUAUUAUUAACAAUAAAGAAAGGUGGAUUAACUAUUUAAAAAGGACCAAAACGAUUCUUUUAGUAAAUAAGACAAUUCAUUCUCUAAUUUAUUGAAACCAAAGAGGUCAUCUUAAGCUCUGUUAUCAAGAUAAUCAGGAAGAGAUUAAUCUCCAAUUAACUUAGAAAGAUUUAGAAGUUGGGACACAAAGUUAGAUCUUCAACUAAAGCAAUUAAAUAAUUCUAAAGAUAUUAGUUUCUAUAAAUAUUCUUAAUAAAAUUAAAAAGAGAAUAUUUAUGAGACUAGCAAACCACUUUAAACCAAGGAUAUCUUUAAUAUCAAUAAAAAUGCCAAUAACUUUAAUAAAUUUUUAAAGAGUUCUUCUCCGCCUAAAUUUAUAGAAAAGAUACCCUUAACAGAAAUAGUUAAAAUGCAAUCAUAUUUCUCAUAAUUACCCACUGUGGAAAUCACAACCAUCCCAAGAGGGUAAAUUUUUAUUUAUAUUUUUAAGAUAUAUAUAAGAACUAUAAAAUUUAUAGUAAACACUGGCUAGAGUAGUCAGAUAGUCAUCAUAAAUUAUUUGA